UCUCUCUCUCUCGCUAUAUCUUUAUAUUUCUCUCUCUCCUUCUCUCUGUAUUUUUCUCUGUUUUCUCUCUCUUUAACUGGUUCUUCGUCGCAGGAAGAGAGAGGCUUAUUUGGGUCCGAGGUAGAAAAAAACAGAGCGAGAUCUGAACUUUUUGGAGAGACCCUUUCUCAAAAGAGGGUCUUCUUCUUCACUGUCUGGUUUCUUUAGUUUUGUGAGGGUGUGUUGUAAUUGGAGCCAUGGCGGUCGAGGUUGUUGGAUUUGAGAUGGUUCAAGGACCAAUGGAUACUGGUGCUGAAGGAGGCAAACCUAUUUUGAAUGAAAAGGAGCAUGGCAAGCUGGAAAAGGAUUCCAGCGCGGCCAUCAAAUUCGGCUCACAUGGAGAUGAAUCUGCUAAAGGGGAAGGGAAUAAAGUUUCUGAUUCCAGUGUUCCGAAAGAGGCAGCGGAAGAGUGGCCUGCACCUAAGCAGAUUCAUUCCUUCUAUUUUGUUAGGUGCCGGCCUUAUGAGGAUCCACAUAUUAAAUCUAAGAUUGAUCAGCUUGACAAAGAGAUUACCAAGAAGAAUCAAGCCCGAUAUCAGGUCACUGAAGCACUGAAAGCUAAGCGGUCGGAACGGGCAGAGUUAAUUUCUCAGAUCAAGGCUCUAAGAGGUGACAGCAGACAAUUCCAGAGUAUUGUGGAUGAGAAAAUAAAAGAGAUCGAACCUCUGCAACAAGCACUGGGCAAGCUUCGUACCAACAACAAUGCUGGUCGCAGUGGUUUAUGCUCAUCGGAGGAGGAACUCAAUGAUAUUAUAUAUAGCUUGCAAUACCGCAUACAACAUGAGAGCAUUUCUCUAAACGAGGAAAAGCAAAUCAUGCGAGAAAUUAAACAGCUUGAGGGGACAAGGGAGAAAGUUGUUGCUAAUGCUGCCAUGAGGGCCAAGUUACAGGAUUCUAUGGGACAGAAGGAAGCCAUUCAAGACCAGGUUAAGGCUAUUGGUGGGGAUUUGGAUGGAGUGAAGAAGGAGAGACAAGCGAUUCGGUCCAAAAUCAAGCAAAUUGAUGAUGAACUGAAAGUCAUCGACAAGGAUAUCCAGACUCUGCAGGACGAACUGACAGUUAUCACUCAAAAGAGGGAACAGGCUUAUGAGAGUAUUCAACAGCUGAGAAAGAAGCGUGACGAGGGGAAUUCCCAUUUCCACCAAUCCCGUAUAAUUCUGAACAAAGCAAAGGAACUUGCUGCAAAGAAAGAUGUUAGUGCUAUCGAGGAACUUUCACAGACAGAGGUCGAGAAAUUUAUGUCACACUGGAACAGUGACAAAGCUUUCAGGAACGAUUAUGAGAAAAGAAUCCUUCCAUCAUUGGAUAUGCGUCAGUUGAGUAGGGAUGGGCGGAUGAGGAACCCUGACGAAAAGCCAAUCCUGGAAGAGCCAAAGGUUGCUGAAACUGUUGCACCGGCAAAAACAGUUGCAAAACAGCCAAAGGAGGAGCCUAAGCCUGCUCCUCAGGAAACCUUGGUCACUCAAGCAGUUCCAAAAGAAGCCAAGAACAAAGGGAAAGACUCAAAAUCCAAGCUGGCAAAGGAUAUAGAGGAAACUGAUGAAUAUGACUUCGCGAUACCCGUAAAGGAGACUCCCAAGGAGCCCAAAGUUGAUCCAGCAAAGCUGAAAGAGAUAAAGAGAGAGGAGGAAAUUGCGAAGGCAAAGCAGGCUUUGGAAAGGAAGAAGAAGCUAGCAGAGAAAGCUGCCGCCAAAGCCGCUAUCAAGGCACAAAAGGAAGCUGAGAAGAAGCUCAAGGACCGCGAGAAGAAAGCAGCAAAGAAGAAAGGUUUGGCAGCAACUGACGCGAAUCCCGAGGAACAACCAGAAGAUUCAGCAGCAGUGGAGGCCACAGAGCAAGAAAAGGAGGAUAAUGUCGAAGCCCCAGCUCCAGUGGCAGUGAAGGAGAAGGCCCUGAAGGAAAGUAGUGUUAGAUCCAGGAGCCGUGCUGCGAAGGGCCCUGAAUCGAUUCCAAAGGCCAUUCUCAAGCGGAAAAAGUCUACCAACAAUAACAUGUUGUAUGCCUCAAUCGCCGCCUUCGUUUUGGCAGUUCUGGUGUUGCUGAUUAUUGCAUACAUCUAUCUUAUCUGAAGA